AUGACUACAGAGCUUUCAUCUCUACCAUUUUCAUGCCGCGUCGACCUGCUACAAUCGCUUCCUUACGAUGUCGUGAUUACCAUACUCUCAUUUCUCACCCAACAAGACUGUCUACGGUGCCUGGAAGUGUGUCGAGAAUGGAGUACUUUGAUACCCAUGUAUGCAAGAGAAACGGUGUUCCGUGAGAUACAACUGGAUGAGCAGCAUCUUGAUGGCAGCAGCAAAAGCAACAUGCACAAGUUCCUUGGUCCUCAUGUGGAUGCGGUGUCGUUUAAAAAGUGCCAUCGCCUUGAUCGAGUCCUUGAUAUGCUUCAUGCGAAGCAAUGUAGUAAUAUCCAGAGAUUGGAUUUCACGGGUGGAGUAUGGCUGAGUCGGAGACACAUUGCCAUGGUGACAAAACGAUUGCCCAUGUUCCCUGGCAUCACCGACUUGCGACUGGAGUAUGUUGAUAAUGGAUACGAUGUAUACAACUUGAUGACACAAUGCAUGAUACAAUGCCCUCUCCUUGAAUGCCUAUGGAUCAUUCCUACACCAGCCACCUUUUUCGUCGACCAUGACGACGACGACGUUGCCAUGCUACCAGCAACAACUACAACAACAUCAAAUCCUAAUACCAACAUGUCUUUUCUUCGGCUACGAUUUGAUGACGAGGUGGAUAAUGCACGACUUGCCUCUGUUUUGAGCUUAUGCCCCAAUUUAACGCGUGUCAGCAUCACCACAUACAGCGACCCAGAGCCUUUUAUCUUUGAGCUAUGUCCACGACUACAGUAUUUGGAAUGGAAUCCACGCACAGAAGACUUUAUCCUUUGGCCACCUUUGUCCAACAAGGAAAAGACGCAUCACGAAGGACUGCAUUAUUUGGCGACAACCGACACGGCUCUUUCAUGCAUGCCUCGCCAUCACCGGAUACAAACAUUGAAAUUGGUGGAUAUGAGUUACGACUAUGAGCCUGAAACCAUGCAUUUUCUUGAUACAUGUCGACAUGUCGAGGAAAUCAUGUUUGAUCCACUUGAAUCGAUUGAGAUCCCUCGUCAACUAUUACCAAAGUUGUCUGCUCACCUUUCACGACUCACUCUCAGCAUCUUGGAUCCUGAUACAGCGGAUGGCCUUGUGGACUACUUUGUGAAUCAUGCUAACACCAUUCGCUUGGAAACAUUGGAGAUCAAUUUACCCAUUGCCCACUCACUAACAAAAGUCCUGGAAGCCAUGGCACACGUAACCACCUUGAAGCAUGUUGAAAUAAGCCCAGCAUGUGUGGAGGAGGAAACCUUAAAGACGUACUUGAUGCAUGCACCACCCCAGUUGGAACACCUUAGCAUGGAUCAUGGACCCAUCCUCUCAUUGGAGACAUUCACACUACUUGGCAACUUACCCCACCUUCGUAUCCUCACCAUGGCAAGUUAUUACAAUACUGAACCAAUCAGUGGUGCUGGCAUCAAGGCUCUGAUCGAAAAGAAGAAAUCCAAUCCGUCAUUUUCGCUCUCCAUUACAUGUAAAAAGGUAGAGGAUGACAAAGGAUACAUCAAAUACGCACAAAGCCAAUUGGGUGAACGCUUUUCUUUUAUCAUGCUUGAUUGA